AUGAACAUCGUAGAAGGUUCACAAGUUCCCCGGGAAAUUCCACCGCCCAAAAGGAAUAACCUUGUACAAUACAAAGGAGGAGGUUACAAUAAUAUAAUACAAAGAAUAAAAUACUUGAUUGCCUUCCAAUCAGUUUUGGGAAUAAACCGGAUGUAUUUGAUCGACUGUCACAGCUGUGCUAAACGUUUUUGUCUCACUUACGAUAUAUUGGUAGUUAUUUCCAAUGUUAUUGUGAUUUUCAUCGGCGGGUUCUUCAGUGCAACUCAAGCUUUGUUUAGAAACACCGUUGCCAUAGAGUAUUUGCUAUUGGCUAUAUGCGCAUUAAUUCUGCAGCGAAAACCGCUGACCAAGUUUUUCUCAUAUCUUCAAUCUUUCGACGAGACGUUGAAUAUCAGUGAUGAUAUCAAACUAACAUCACCAAUACGUCUUUAUGUUUAUGGAAUCAUUGAAAUCCUGUUAUACAACUUUUUUGAACAAAUGCUCUUUCUUAGUUAUGGUAUCGAAACAUAUGAACUACAGUACUCUAUGUACGCAGCAUAUUCGGGUAUAGUGAUCCAUGAUGCUGAAAUAAUAUUUUUCAGUGUAUUACUCAUAAUGGUUUCAAGGAGGCUUCGUGUUUUAAAAGCUCAUGUUGCUAAAAUAUUUUCUUUGCAAAUCGAUAAAGAUAGUAGUGAAGAAAUAAAUAAGCUGGAAGAAUUAUCAAAAAAAGUGAACCUUGACGUGAGCUCUCUGCACAAAGCCUAUGAUUCAUUGUACAAAUGUUCGUUGCAGCUUAACUCUGUUAUAACAUUUCCGAUAAUAAUAAUGCUUGUAACGGCGGGAUUUUCAACGAUAUUGAUCUUGAAAAACUUAAUUUCUGUGCUACAAACUCAACAGUACCAAAAUACAACAAAAGUAAUUACUAUGAUUGGUAUUGCACGUAGUUUGAAGUACAUAGCGCUAUUGAUGAUUCCUUGUUACUUCUCUAAUGUAACCAAGAUUCAAGUUGACGUUAUACUCACACUACUUCAUGAUGUUUUAAACAAUAAUAAUAAUCAACUAGAUAAGGUAGAGCGCCGUAAACUGAAGGCUUUUAGCCAGCUGUGUCGAGACAACGCGUUCGAAUACCAACUGUGGGGGAUCGCGCGACUUGACAUGUCACUUCCGCUCAGCUACACCAGCCUUUGCACCACCUAUCUCAUCAUCUUUGUUCAAUUCUCCAAAUUCAUAAGCUAA